AUGCAGAACUUUCCUUUUGCGCCGCAGACGCUGGCGCCGCGGGAGAACCAGAGAAACUAUGUUUUCGUCGACGAGCACAACCGCCACAAGCGCCUCAAAGUGAUGCGCGCCUGCGAGGGAUGCCGCCGCCGCAAGAUCAAAUGUGAUGCCGCGACCACGAACGCUUGGCCCUGCGCUGCGUGCAUCCGCCUGAAGCUUAACUGUGUCCCGCCGACUGUCAGUUACGAAAACAAGGACUCCUUUCCCACCGGCUCCCACACUUUCGAGAUCGGCGACCGAAGCCACGACUAUGACCCCUCGCAAAGUGUUACACAUGUCCCCGCGCCGGGCGAUUUUCAAAGACACCAUUCAAUUCAACAUCCCCUAGGAACCGAGGUUGGCCCUCUCAUGGGACACCCUCUGCAAGCAACGUAUGCAGAUGCGGCUCGCUUGUAUCAAACUGCGCCCUACGGUGGAAUGCCUCCAGCACCGCCUCAGAGCCAGGAAAGCGUUCACUAUGGCAACAUGCCACCAGCUCCUCUUUCCAAUUCGGAUCAGUUGAAGUACCACCCUCAACAAGUGUAUCAACCGCAACCUGCGCCUGCAAUGAGCUCUUCAAAUGAAGGCGAGCCCAUGUGGAGAAACAAUCUCGAUACAUCUCAGCUUACCGAGGCUCUGGGCGAACUUAAAAUUGACCACACAGCAAUUGCGCCGUACAUCGCAAAUCAGAAAAGAUCUUUGGCAAAUGCUCCACCAGUUGAAGAAUAUGAGAUCCAGCUUCCUGAUGACCACGCUCCGGACAUGACGAUUCGCAUCCCCCCGGACAUGAUGCCGUCAGACCAACAGGCGCUCAACUACUUCGAGUACUUCUUCACCAACAUCCACCCCUAUGUCCCGGUCAUCAACAAGUCGUACUUCAACCAGCAGUGGCAUACCAAUCGUUCAUCCAUUUCUCCCCUCAUCCUGGAGGCUAUCUUUGCAUGCUCAUCCCUGAUGCUGGACGAUCCCUCUCAAGGAAACAAGUGGUUGGCACUGCUUGCAAAGCACGAGGAAAGCUUCAAGGACGUCCCUCGCCUCAGCACGAUUCAAGCUUUGAUUCUUGCUCUGAAGGCACGUGAAGCCGUACCCAAACGUGGUUAUUUCUACAGGUCCUGGAUGACAGUGGUGAACUGUGUUGCCAUGGCUAAAGACCUUGAUUUGGACACCCAUUUUGAGCUGCACCAGAUGGGCAAGCCCUGCGGCUCAUCAGCACAUGACUGUGUGACAAAGACAAGAGUCUGGCACAUGCUGUUCCAGCUUGAGGUCAUGGUCGGAGGCCCUCAAGGGCGUUCGGAUUUUGGUGUCAAGGAAGAUACUGUUGACUUUGACAUUCCCCGGCCAAUGUCAGGCCAGGAAGAGGCGGAGAAUUCGAUUUCCCGUCAGUUCACUUACAUGUUGCGCAUCGUAAGGAACAUCCAACAAACGACAAUCCUCCACAGGACCCUUCGCAAGAAGACGAAGAACUGGGCGGUCGAACCUUCGUUUGUCCAGAUGAAUGAUGCUUAUGCAGCAUGGACCCGGGAGCUUCCCCGCGAUCUGCAGAUUGACUAUCCUACAGACGGCACCCCGCCGUGGAUCCCAUCGCACUAUGUUGCGAACCUGCACUGCUACCACUAUCUCGGCAUCAUCAUGCACCACAGACCGCAGUUGCACUUCCACUACGAGUCUUUUGACCCGAUGUGGAAGCAACACAUGCUGCUCUGCUAUUCUGCCGCGAAGAACAUGUGUAGGCUGCAGGAGGCUAUCAUCCGGGACUACUCUUUGCCCGGCCUUCUUUGCAUGCAACGCGGAAUCAGUUUCACCAUCUACUCUGUCCUGACGUGCACUAUGCUUCACCUGGUUGCCAUCACUUCCCCGGAUCCGGAGCUUAACGGGGAUGCCAGGGACUUCUUUGUGCGCCACAUGAGGAUCCUGGAGCAAUGCAUUCCAAACUGGCCCAUGCCGGAGAUGCAAGCACAAGUCAACAACCUGAGGGAGGCCUUUUCCGCGGAUACCAGCAAGCCGUUUGAACUAAAGCCUUCCUUCCCCUUUGGCAGCCCUGCGAUCCACAACAACCCCAGCCCCAUCAGCGAUGGCGGGUACCGUCAUCGUGGCUCGGCGCAGGACCCUUCUUUGGAGCAACCAGGUCAAGUCAACUAUACCCAGCAUCCUAUCACGCCGCCGAUCUCCGCGAGCGACACGGACCCCAAGGCUGACUCUCCCGUAGUUCAGUCACUGGUUAUGAUGGCUGCGGGUCAGAGGCAACCCCAACAGUCCACCAUGCAAAAUCAAGAACCAGUGCAAUGGAACCCAAAUAGAAUCUUUGACCAAUGGAAUGCAGCUUUCGGCACCUACGAGCUCCGGACGCCACAACAGGAGACCCAGCCUUCGGGAUAUUACCAGUCAUCAAGCGUUUCGCCGCAUACGCAACAAAUCCCCAAUGUGCCGGCGCAGCUCCCUCCACCAGUCUCGUACGCCACCCCUGCUCAGCCAUACGUCACACCGAGCAUGUGGCAGGAUGUUGUUGCAAGCUCGUUUAGUGAAGGAUCGCUGAAGCGGCGAUGGGACUACGGGGGCCAAGGAAUGAUUGAAGGGCAAGAUCCCUUCCAGCUGCAGGAUUGGUCACCCCACUUCGGACUGAACUUCGGCGUCACGCUGUCUACCAAUGCACUUGCUAGUCUGUGCUGCCACUGCGGUUGGGAACUGUUUGCCGCACGGAGGCUCGAGACGGGCUACAAGGUCGCCGCAAUCAGGCACCCUCCAAGCUGUAUCUUCCAGAGUCAAAUUCAGACUUAA